AUGAGCGGCACCACGGCAGCGGACGGCGCCCCGCCCCAGGAGAAUCCCCCGACACCCCACCAGGCAGACCCAGAGGAAGACGAUGUCGAGGAGGACGGUGCUGGGGAGACUGCUGGAGCCGGAGGUGAGGGUGGCAAGAAGAAGAAGAAAAAGAAAAAGCCUAAGAAGAAGAAGGUUGAGCAGAGUGACCCUCCCCGGGUGGGCUUGUCAAAGCUCUUCCCGGAUGGCAACUUUCCAGAGGGAGAGAUCCAAGAGUACAAGGAUGAUAAUACAUGGCGAACCACCUCUGAGGAGAAGCGAUACAACGAUCGGAUGGCCAUGGAGGACCCAGAAACGACAUACCAAAACAUCAGGAAGGCCGCAGAGGUCCACAGGCAGGUCAGGAAGGCAGCCCAGAAAUUCAUCCAGCCUGGGCGCACCAUGACGGAAAUCGCCGAAUAUAUUGAGGACGGAACUCGAGCCCUCGUUGAAGGCGAUGGAAUCGACGCGGGUGUGGGCUUCCCAACGGGCUUGAGCCUGAACAAUUGUGCUGCCCACUACACACCAAACGCUGGAGAUACCAUCGUGCUCCAGCAGGGAGACGUGUUAAAAGUUGAUAUCGGCGUUCAUGUCAAGGGUCGCAUCCUCGACUCUGCAUUUACGCUCAACUUCGAGCCGACAUACGACAAACUGCUGGAGGCUGUCAGGGCAGCGACAGACACGGGCAUACGGGAGUCCGGUAUCGACGUUCGAUUAGGCGAGAUCGGAGCCGCCAUCCAAGAAACAAUGGAGUCCUACGAGGUGGAAGUAGGCGGGAAAACAUAUCCCGUCAAACCCAUCGAGAAUUUGAGCGGCCAUUCCAUCAACCCGUACCAAAUACAUGGGGGAAAGUCAGUUCUACUAGUGAAGAACGACGACCAGACAAAAAUGGAAGAAGGCGAAUACUACGCCAUCGAGACGUUCGGAUCUACCGGUAGAGGAAGGGUUAUCGAGGCCGGAGAAUGCUCACAUUAUGCUAAAAGUCAUGAUGCUCCCCAUGUGCCCCUCCGAUUGACGUCAGCGAAAUCCCUGCUGAACACCAUAAAUAAGAACUUCGGUACGAUCCCGUUCUGCCGUCGGUACUUGGAUAGAUUGGGGGAGAGCAAGUACUUGCUCGCUCUCAAUCACCUGGUGGCUCAAGGUAUUGUGCAGACAUACCCACCGCUCCAUGACCAACGUGGUUCGAUGACCGCCCAAUUCGAGCACACUAUUUUGCUACGGCCGACAGUGAAAGAGGUUGUCAGCCGAGGAGAUGAUUACUGAUAUGGUCUGCAAAGGUGCGCUGGUUGCGCACAUGAUCUGUUGUGGUGGACUUGCCCGGUUCUUUUGGUUGGCCUCAGACUUUGGUUCUUGUUCCGUGUACAUACGGCGGAGCUCUGCGGACCUGCGUCCUGUGACUGUAACAGACUGUUCGCAAACAAUGGGGACAAUGGCCUAUGUAUAGUGUGUAGCAGAUCCCCCUGUACACAUUGUAAUUUUGGUGGCCAGCUUCAACGUUGACCAGCAUCGGUUUGGAUGUCUCAGCCUUCCUAGUAUUGUUGAUUGAUAGUCCAAUCAACAAGCUUUCGG